GGAGCUCUCAGUCUGUGAUGUUAGGAUCCAUGCCAGCAAGUUCGGUGCCGACAGGGAAAACACGUUGAGAGCAAAUCAGAGUCAGGACAGUGAGUCUGGACACACUCUCUCCGCUGUGUUCUGCUGAACUCCUGUGAAUGACAGACGUGCAGCAGACGGACACUAAUCUCUUCAGAGUCCAACACAACUGUCUGGAAUGAUGGGUGAUGUUCAGUUUGUUACAGGAUCUCACGUCUCCAAGAUGACUCUGACUCUGGGACGAGGUUCCCCUAGCCCAGAGCCUCCUGUUUUUACCCUCCCGCCACGUAAUACCCGCAUCUGCCAAGGGGGUACCGCGCGCCUGGAAGGGAAGGUACGUGGAUUUCCAGAGCCCCAGGUUUGCUGGUUUAGGAAUGGGAAACUACUGAUAGCAGGAGAUCAUUAUUCUAUGGAACAAAGUGCUCGUGGGACCUUUAGUCUGGCGGUCCAGGAAGUCCAGGAUGAGGAUGGAGGACGUUACACGUGUGAGGCUGUCAAUGAUGCUGGGAGCCGCCAGGUUACCGUGGAGAUCAUUGUGGAAGGAAAUGCAGGAAAAAAAUACAGUCUUCCUUCCUCCAACAGAGCAGGUGGAUCUCUGGGUGUCCCUGCAAUAGAGAAUAGACCCAGUAUCUGGGGUGAAAGCCCCCCAAAGUUUGUGACUAAACCUUCUCGCCUGUAUCUCAAAGUGGGCCAGAGCGGCAAAUUCUCAGCCAAGAUCACGGGACGACCCCAGCCACUGGUGCAGUGGUAUAAGGGAGAAGAGAAGAUCCAACAGUCUGAUCACUAUAACAUGUUUGAGAGGUCAGGAAUGCAUUUCCUGGAGAUUCGCCACAUGUGCUCAGAGGACGCUGGUGUGUACACCUGUCUGGUGGCCAACAGUGCCGGGAAAGCCUCUGCAACCGCCGAACUUAUUGUCCAAGAUGGAGACACUGAAACAGUCACCGUCCCCAAAGCAUCUCAAGAUCUCUCGAAACCAUGUGUGGUCAAGCACAGCACCAACGGAUUUGACGUUAAACAAAAACCUUCCAGCACAUCCAGCCGCACUGCAACCACAGAGACACGCACACCGCCGUCUACUACCAUUGUGACCAGAACAGACGAACCAAAAAUAACAUCAUCACUAUCCUCACAACCUAUCAGCAAAUCCACAGAUGGAAAAUCAGCAGCUGGUCAAAAGACAUCAAACCUUGUGAAUGUAAGAAGUCAGAACAUUGUAAAGAAUGAGUCACAUGGCAUAAAAAGAGCUUCCGGUUCGUUCAGAGAUCCAGAAAAGGUUCCUGAAGCAUCACGGCUGGAGUCCAGCAGAGACGCCCGCCAGCAAACCAGAGAGAGCAAAGUGGACAUGCUAGAAACUCUGCCAAGUUUUGACUCCCAGCCUCAGAGCCGAGAGGUUGCGCAGGGGGAAAAGGUCACGUUCAGAUGCCAAGUGUCUGGGUCUCCAGUGCCGACGGUGAGCUGGAUGAAAGAUGGAGCUCCUCUCAGACAGAGAUCAGGCGUCAGCACGCGACAGGAGGGCAGUCUGCACGUCCUGUGUCUGGAGAGCGCUCACAUAACUGACACGGGACAGUACGGCUGCACUGCUGCCAACACAAGAGGAAAGACUGCGGCCCACUGGAGCCUGACUGUCAAACGUGUGAGGGUGGAGGCGAAGCCCCCGGUGUUCAGUUCUCCUCUGAAGGAUUGUUCAGUACUAGAGGGACAGGAAUUCGUCCUGCAGUGCUCAGUGGAGGGCAGACCACUGCCUGAGCUCACCUGGCUGCACAAUGAUCAGCCUGUUCCAUAUUCCCACACUGUGUUUGAGAAUAGUACGACUCAGCUGAGAGUUAAAGCAGCUGUUUUGGAGGAUGCAGGCAUGUAUUCAUGUGUCGCAGUGAAUGAUCAUGGCAGAGCUGUGUGUACAGCUUGUGUACUGGUUAACGGUAAGACACUCGUCCCCUUCUUCUAUAUUAUUAUUUGGCAGCAUAUUCAGAAUUAAAAUGUGUUGGACGCUGAAAUCAGUCACACUUAACACUGUCUGAAUGUCAUUGCAUUAGAUAGAAAAUAUCAAACCUGGGUGAUUUGUUUUAAACAAAUAUAACUCAAACACACUUUUCAACCUAAACAUUUCACAAAAAGAUGUUUUAAAUGAUAAAAAUCUUGUGUUGAAAAUAAAUACAAGCAGUAUUGUGACAUUUUGUGGUUGUAAAAUGUUUGUGAAUUAUG